CUUUUGUCGCGCAACCGUCGAUUGUUCCAUAGUGGUCAGGGCCGCCAGCGCCGGCUAUAUAACUAUGGACGUUUACGUCACUGCAUCAUAACAUCUCAGGUGUUGCAACGGUCAAUAUGAUAGGACAGGUUUCAGUUAUAAUCCUCGCUACAGCGUUUCAGGUAAUCUCAACUCAAGGACCUCCGCCAUUGCUACCCAAUAUCCCACCACAAUGUCAAGGACCACCAGAGGGAGCUGAGAAACCACAUGAGUGCUGUAAAAUCCCACCUUUCUUCAAAGACGCUGACUUCGAAGAGUGUGGUUUUAAGAAAAUGGAUGAUGAGGUCGAAGGACCACAACGUGAAAGAGGCGGUCCACCUGAUUGCUCCAAGCAACUGUGCAUGAUGAAGAAGUACAAUCUGGCAAAAGGCGAGGAGAUUGACUAUGAAGCUAUGAACCAGUUCAUGGACAAAUGGACUGAGAGCAACCCUGAAUUCAAAGACAGCGUUAAUGCAGCUAAAGAUCGCUGUAUAGGCAAGCCCCUUCCAGGGCCACCACAUGUUUGUGAAGCGAACAAAAUUGUUUUCUGCGUGUCUUCAACAAUGAUCGAGAAUUGUCCAAAAUGGGAAGAAAGCGAGGGUUGCCAGAAAUGGAAGUCUCAUAUAACGGAAUGCGCGCCCUUUUUCCAUAGAAAAGUAUGAAUAAUGUUAAAAAGCAGCAUUAGUUUUUAAAUAAUACAAUUAACUAUAUUUUUUGUAAAUAUACUGUUAUUUAUAUCACUUCUAUGUAAUCGACUGCAAUAUAAUUCUUUGCAAUAAGAAA